AGGCGGGGCCCUGGCCGUUUCAGGACCCAGGUCAGCGCCCCCGCCGUGACCGUGGUGGGGCAGGCGUCUGCAGCCCCGCCUCAGAGUCUGAGCCCUUGCAGCCAUUCGUCAUCCUCGCAGAGCCCUGCAACUUUAUGCCUACGCAUAAAAACUGGAAGGACUCGUCCCAGAGUUUGCCGCUGCCACCACCACCGCUGCCGUUAGAGCAGUUUUAAUUAGCUGCAGGAUUUUAAUGAGCUGAAAUCAAGAAGAACCCCAUCUCAGAAGUACGCAGGAGCCCCUCCACCCCCACCCCAACACAAGGAAGAACUCGUCUGACAAAACAGAUGGAGGUGGUGGUUCUCAGGGGACCGGGCGGUGUGCUUUGUUUCCGCAAAGAGCAGAUGAGUUACUGAGGCCAGGAGGCCGACGAGGGGAGCCGGGAGGUCAGCUCCAGCCCCGGCCUCGGCGGGGGCAGUGCUGGAGGCCCUGCCCCCUCUGCGGCCCUGGCGGAAUGCUCGGUGCCAGAUUCAAGGUGACGGCAGUGCCUGGCUCCUUUCUCCUCAAGUUGCCAUAGCAGCCUCUCUCCCGUUGAGCGGCUUCUCCUGGAGCCCUCAGCCGGGAGGGACGUCAUUGUUCGCUCCUGCCGGUUCGAGGAGGAGACUGACUGGACGGAGAACUUUCCCAGGCCCAGGGUUCGCAUACCAAGUGGGUGCACCCAUAGGCACGUGGCUGGACGCUUCCUGCUGCCUCCAGUGGGGCACGGGGGCAGGUCCCCACAGCCAGAGGGCAUCCUCUGGGUGACUGGGUGACGGGGAGGUUGUGGGGGGGGAGUGUCCAGGCUUUGGAGCAGCCUUAGCCAAGUCUGUCCUUGGAGCCGUCUGUCCGUCUGCCUGCCGGCCCGUCGCCACUGGAGACCAUGGCCUGAUGGAUGCCUGGUGUGGAUGAUGAGGGAAGAACGUGCCUCCCACACCCGAGAGGUGACCCCGGAGCAAGCCCGGGAUGCCCCAGCGACCAGGAACGAUGCGGCUGGCCUGCAUGUUCUCGUCCAUCCUGCUGUUUGGAGCCGCAGGCCUCCUCCUCUUCAUCAGCCUGCAGGACCCCACGGAGCUCGCCCCCCAGCAGGUGCCAGGAAUAAAGUUCAACAUCAGGCCACAGCAGCCCCACAACGACCUCCCACCAGGCAGUUCCCAGGAUGGUGACCUUAAGGCACCGACAGAGAGGGUCAUCCGAGACUGGUCCAGCCAGACCUCGAGGGGACUGAACCCGCAGGUGCCGGAACAGCCUCCAGCCCACCUCAACGUGGGGGCCCGUCUGCGACCCAGGCAGCGGCGCCGAAGGCUGCUUAUCAAGAAAAUGCCAGCUGCGGCGUCCCUCGCCGCCAACAACUCGGCUGCUACUUUGGUCCUGCCGGCACACCGGGCCCUGGACGGCCGCUGGGUCAGCCUGCACCAGAGCCAGCAGGAGCGCAAGCGGGUGAUGCGGGAGGCGUGCGCCAAGUACAGGGCGAGCAGCAGCCGCAGGGCGGUCACGCCCCGCCACGUGUCCCGCAUCUUCGUGGAGGACCGCCACCGCGUGCUGUACUGCGAGGUGCCCAAGGCAGGCUGUUCCAACUGGAAGCGGGUGCUCAUGGUGCUGGCGGGGCUGGCUUCGUCCACCACCGACAUCCAGCACAACACCGUCCACUACGGCAGCGCCCUCAAGCGGCUGGACACCUUCGAUCGCCAGGGCAUCCUUCACCGCCUCAGCACCUACACCAAGAUGCUCUUUGUCCGCGAGCCCUUCGAGAGGCUGGUCUCCGCCUUCCGCGACAAGUUUGAGCACCCCAAUAGCUACUAUCACCCGGUCUUCGGCAAGGCCAUCCUGGCCCGGUACCGGGCCAACGCCUCUCGGGAGGCCCUGCGGACCGGCUCUGGCGUGCGAUUCCCCGAGUUCGUCCAGUACCUGCUGGAUGUGCACCGGCCCGUGGGCAUGGACAUCCACUGGGACCACGUCAGCCGGCUCUGCAGCCCCUGCCUCAUCGACUACGACUUUGUGGGCAAGUUUGAGAGCAUGGAGGACGAUGCCAACUUCUUCCUGAGCCUCAUCCAGGCGCCAAGGAAUCUGACCUUCCCCCGGUUCAAGGACCGGCACUCGCAGGAGGCGCGGACCACCGCGCGCAUCACCCACCAGUACUUCGCCCAGCUCUCCACCCUGCAGCGGCAGCGUACCUACGACUUCUACUACAUGGACUACCUGAUGUUCAACUACUCCAAGCCCUUUGCAGACCUGUACUGAGGGGCGGGGCCAGCUGGCGGUGGGCGGUCCCGUCCCACCCACUCACCUGUCCUGCAGGUGCAUCCCACCCUCCCUGGGUCCUCACCUGGGAACCGAGAGGUAGCCAGAGCAGCAGGGCUCUGAGGAGGUGAGGAGCCAUGGCUGCUGGGUGGCACAGACCCUUUGGGGGGGACACAGGCCCAGGCCUUGGAUGGGGACCCUGGCCCUUGUCCCAUAGCCACUUCCUUACUCCUCAAAUAAGAAAGAUACUGGGGGUGAGCUGGACACCCCCGGAGUCCCAGCUGCCCAUAGUCAGCUCAGCCAGGAGUCAGGAUGACCAGGGGAGUCUGAGGCCCAGAGGAUGAGGGUCCCAGCGGUAAGGGACUUCCUGCAGUUCCUUAGCCAUUGCCUUGUACCAAACCACAUGGUUUGCAGCUUUUCUAUGACCCGGGAGGAGGUUCCCUUGGAAUGAGGUUCCAAAUAAAGCACAUGGUUUCCAGAGCA